AAGAGAAGUUGUAAAUUGGAAACGUGAGACCAAACGUGACUAUUGUUAAUCGUUGAUUUGCUAAACCAAAUGCUAUAGCUUUUAUUAGCUAUUUACUAUUUAUGAUUUUUAUCAUGUUUUAAUUCCAAAAAUCGUAAAUAAAUAAGUAAUAGUAAUAAGAAUUAAUCAAAAAUAUUUAUGAAAACUAAUAGUACCAACGAUAUACCAAACCAUAUAUUGUAAUAAAUAUUUGGAUUGCUGUAAAUCGUGAAUGUAGUUACAUUAAAAUAUUAUUAUUGUUUUUUACUCAAAGAGUAGUUUAUUUACCCAUACAACAUGGAGGAGAACAAAAUUGAAGUGGUAGAUCAAAACACGGAACCUGAUUUCAAAGUUUCAGGAUGGGGCUACAGACACCAGCAAUGCUUCAUACUGUUCUGCACCUUAACCAUAGCGUACAGCAUGAGGUCUUGCAUGGGGGUCGCGUUGGUAGCCAUGACAGAUCACCAUGUAAGUGGCAACGACACAAAUGUUACCGACGCCAACAACUUCGAAACUGACGGAUUCCUCAAUGCUCUAAUGAUUGUGCCUCCAUACCCUGCAUUUAGCUGGAACAAAAAAGUUCAAGACACGGUGAUCUCUUCUUUCUUCUGGGGAUACAUGCUGCUGCAGAUUCCGGCGGGACAGAUAGCGCACAGGUUUGGGACUAGGUACCUGCUCAGUGGCGCCAUGAUGAUCAACUGUUUAGUUUCCAUCUUUUUCCCAAUAGCUGCAUUCUACGGUGGCUGGUUAAGCUCUGCGAUAUGCAGAGCACUACAGGGUCUAAGUCAAGCUUGCAUAAUGCCAGGACUACACACUGCUCUGGGCAAGUGGGCGCCCUUACAUGAGCGAGGAAGAAUGUCCGCUUUCGUGUAUGGAGGUCAGGCAUUAGGCACAGUAUUUGGUCUCCCAAUUACAGGCUUCUUAGCUUCAUCGGUAAUGGGCUGGCCUGGCAUAUUCAGGUUCUAUGGAACUGUGUCUGGUCUUCUUAGUAUCGUUCUGUGGUUUAUGGCUGCUGACUCACCGGCAAAGCAUCCCAAAAUAUCAACUGGUGAAAGAAAAUACAUAGAGGAUGAACUCGGAACUGGAGAGGCGGCUAAGCGUGUGGCAGUACCCUGGGGUAAAAUACUUCGUCAUAAAGGUCUAUACGCCAUUGUGAUCUCACAUAUUGGACAGACUUGGGGACAGAUCACUCUCUACUCAGAAGUUCCAGCCUUCAUGGACAAAAUUAUGGGAGUGAAUAUUAAAGCGAAUGGUUUACUGACAGCGCUCCCGUUCUUAGUGAUGUGGUUCACCAACUUCUUCUUCAGCUGGAUGACAGAUAUGCUGAUUGUCAAGAACAUUUUGAGUGUCACAAAUACUAGAAAAUUGGCUAACUCACUAGGAAACUUCCCAGCAGCCAUUGGUUUGGUUGCAUUAGCUUUUGCGCCUAAAGAAAUAUACGUCAUAGAAACUAUACUAAUAGUUAUCUGUGGAUUUAAAGUAUCAUCUCAUUUAGGUUUCCACAUCAACCAUAUUGACAUUUCACCAAAUUAUGCUGGAACUAUGAUGAGCAUAAGCAACUUCGUGUCCAACUCCUGCGCCUCAAUGGCGCCUCUCGUUGUUGGUUUCAUUCUCACUGAUGUCACUGAUGAGCUCCUCUGGAGAAAAAUCUUCUUCGUAGCAGCUGGCAUCUACUUCUUCACAAAUAUAGUCUAUCUUAUUCUUGGCACUGCUGAACAGGCUGAAUGGAAUGACCCACCUGAACAAGAAACCGAAAAAGUUGACGAAGAAAUUGUUCCUAUGAUGGGCAAAUUUAAGAACGGCGUAAAUUAAAAACAAUGUAUUA